AUGAUCUACAUGCGAUAUUUCAUCCGAAGACGUCGAGAUGGAGAGCCUGACAUAGUACCGGGUCAUUUCCUUUGGGGCAACGGUGAGAGUUUUCAAAAGAACGCAGUCGAUUUCUUGCACCAAUGCCGAAAAAACCAUGGAGAAAUAUUUACCAUUCGCUUCUUUCACCAGCGACUCACUAUCAUUAUGGAUCCCCACAGCUUGGAAGCAAUGAGCAAAGAACAUAGCGUUGUACAAGAAACAUUAAGAAUGUGCAGCGGCGUGUUCAUGGUUCGUUAUGUGACUGAAGAUUGCGAUUUCAAAAUGGAUAAUGGAGAAGUCUACCGAAUUCGCAAAGGAGACAGGGUUGCCAUUUACCCACCGGCUAUUCACAAAGAUCCCGAAAUCUUUGAAGACCCACUCACAUACAAAUUCGACCGCUUUAUCGAUGCGAAAUUCUACAAGAACAACAAGGAGAUAAAGAACCCUGUACUCACUUUUGGUACCCUUUGUCCAGGUAAACGGUAUGCACUUCUGCAAGCGAAAUGGUACAUCUUCAGUCAAAUGAACAAAUUCAAAAUGUCACUCGCCGCCGGCCAGAAGGCUGAAAUGGACAUUAACUACCAUGGGCACGAAAUCCUUCCACCAGUUAAAGAUAUUGAUAUUCACUUCAAGUUGAGAGAAGGCCAUCAAGAAAUUACAAUGCAAUGA